UACAGAACAGAAUAGAAGAAAUGUUUCGAGAUACUCCAAAGAUUGUUAUAGAAGAUGGAUCUUCUCCAUCUGCUUCAUAUAUUAUGUACAUUAGGAUGGAGGACUUACUAGAAAAACUGAAAUUAUUAAAUUAUGAUACAGAGUUUUUACCAGAGUUCAAAAUAAAAGCUAUAAAUAGGAAUUAUUUUGUUACACAAACAAACCCAGGCGAACAGUUUUAUACUUUUACAUCAUUAGCUGCAUGGUUAAUUAGAAAAGCUGGUAAAAAUUUUGAAUCACCACAAGAAUCAGAUGAUCCUAACUCUACGAUAGCUUUAAUAUUAGAUCAUUUGAGGGACAUUAAUGUAUCAAUAGAAUUUCCACCUAAUAAACUCAAGCAAGGCAGUGGAGAUCAUGCUAUUUAUGUUUUGGAUAACUUAGCAGAUGAAGCAUUGAAAAUACAAAAAUUUCAGUGGAAGAAGGUAGAAAUACCACCUGAUGAGCCAAACAAUGAACCGGAUAUAGAAGAUGAUGAUGCAGAGUUGAUAUUAGAAAAAGUAGAGGAAGAAAUGAUGGCUGAGUAUGACGAAGAGGAUGAAGAUAUUUUGCAUGUUGAUGAUAUUACAAAACAUUAUGGGCAAAAUUUUAGUGAAACACAAAAACCUGAUGAUAUUUUGGAAUCUAAAACAAAUAGGGAAGAAUGGCAGUUAGAAUUGGAAAGAGUUCUACCUCAACUGAAAGUAACCGUUAAGACAGAUUCAAGAGAUUGGAGGUCUCACAUAGAUCAGAUGAAACAACUUCAUACAAAUAUAGCUACAAACCUUCCUGGAACUAAGGGUCAAUUGGAUAAAUUACACACUGAUUUAUCAAAUACAUUAGAUAAAAUAAAAACAAGAGAAUCAUAUUUAAAUAAACAACUUGAGCCAGCUCUGAAAGAGUAUCAAACACUGCAAGAAGAAUUGUCGAAAAUUAAAGAACAAUAUCGAGAUGUUAGCGGUGGUGUAACUGAAAGAACAAGAAUCUUUAAUAAAUUAUCAGAAGAAUUAGAACAUGUUAAAAAGGAAAUGGAUGAAAGAGGAUCGAGUAUGACAGAUGGAACUCCGCUCAUAAAUAUAAAAAAGACAAUUACUAAAGUGAAAAGUGAAAUCUCUGAAAUGAACGUACGAAUCGGCGUAUUAGAGUACAGUCUGAUGUGUGCGAGAAUACGAGAUCGUACACAACUGCAGGAAGACAUGAACAGUACAAACGGCAUCGCGAUAACUUGAGUCUGUUUUUAAUUACCGUUCGUAUCGCAGAGUUAACGAUAAAUAUCAAUUAAGAUAUUAAUUUGUACGGAGAUUUAUCGUUGCCUCUGUUUCGCUAUCUUUGUAUACGUUUUGUGCUCAGUUUGUGUGUAUUACGAGUAAGAAUAACUGUAAAUAAGGGUCCAAUGAAGCAUUUAACACUUGCGUCGUCUGUGUAACAUUUGUAUGCACUAACGAACACUUAAUUUCCAAAAACAGACUGUUCAAUUGUCUAAUAUUUUUC